GGCGGGCGCGCUUCCGCCAGCCGCCGCGCGCGCUUCCGCCAGCCGCCGCGCGCCGGAAGUGUGAUGUGGCCGGGAGCGGGUCGCCAUGUCUGCCAUCUUCAACUUUCAGAGCCUACUGACUGUAAUUUUGCUGCUAAUAUGUACCUGUGCCUAUAUCAGAUCUCUGGCUCCCAGCUUACUGGACAAAAAUAAAACUGGACUAUUGGGCAUAUUCUGGAAAUGCGCCAGGAUUGGUGAACGGAAGAGUCCGUACGUAGCUGUAUGCUGUGUAGUGAUGGCCUUCAGCAUUCUGUUUGUACAGUAGCAUUUGGGGAACGUCUCCUAUAACUUACUAUCAAACAUCAAAGAAUGGAAAGAACUUUUGGCAGAAAAGACAGAGCGUUGUCAACUAUUCUCUUACAGGUCGGAUGGCCUAUCUCUUAGUGGACACCCCCAGCUCCUGCAAACGGACCAUAGAGUACAGUAUUAGUGAUCAUAAUGUAACUAACUCCAGUAUGAUGUGUACUUAUUAACAUCGAGGCAGUACUGACACAGCUGAUGUAGCUCUUUAAAAGUUGUCUGUUGCAUAUUUGAGUUCCAGUGGAGUAUUUUUUACAACAUGCGGUUGAAAAAGCAUUUAAUUUUUUGACAGACCUAUUUUCUGAAACUUAAAAAUGGCAACUCCGUAUGGCAAUAAGACCACUCUUAUAAAGAACGUUGUGAUUGUAGGAUGUGUUUACAAAAGUAUUUUCAGUUCAUUACUGUCUAAACAAUUCCUGUCAUUUUGUGACAGGUAAAUUUGCAUAUUAAAAAUAUAACUUCUGGCUUAAGUUGCACUCAACUUCUGUAUUUUAAGCUUGUAACUGCUCAAAUAAUCUAUAAUAUUUUUAUUAUUAAGAUAAAAUAUAAAUAAAGUUAGGGACCAUAAUUGUAGUGAUGUCUGACUCCCUGCUAAGAAUGCGCAAAUUUAGGAUUUGAGAACUUUGAUUUGGAAAUGUAUAAAUCACAUGUAUUCAUUUUUAGAGAUCUACAUUUCAGAUAAAGCAUUCCCCAAUUCUCUUCAAUAUUGUAACACAAAGUUUGUAACGGCUCUGCUGCUGUUGUUGUUACAUGUAAUACUAUUUCUUGAUCUGCAGUCUUAUAAGAAGCUAUCUUUUCCACAUAGCUGAUUUAGCAACCUCUCAAGUCCUAGUGUUCUAAAGGUUAAAGAAAAUGACUAAAUUAGAUUACAUUUACUGUUAAUAAAGAUUAGAUUACCUCUAAGACUUGCAUUUAGUGCUUAGAUUAUAAUUUUGCAAACUUUUCAUAAUUUAGUAACUUAUUUUAAUAGUGCCUAACAGGAUUGUUUACACCAGACAAUUGUAUAACUUCACAUUGACUGCAUUUGAGAGAGUUGUCUGUCAACAGUAUUUUCUGUUAUUCUGAAAAGGUGUACGAUCGGAGUGAGCGAAGCUGGUAAUAAAACAUACUAAAAGGUA